AUGGCGGAUUCACAGCCGCCACCUGGCCUUUCCUUCCCGACCAAUCCCCGAGAAUUCGACCUCGAUGAUCGCAUCUCCUUCUCCAAGCUCGACAACAAGCACAUAGCUGUACAGGACGACGGGAGCGAAUUCGAGUGGGACGCCCAGCUCCGGCGAUGGAUCCCCGUCAUCGACGAGGAGCUGCUCGCGCAGCAGCAAUCGGCCUACGGCAUCGGCACCGACCCGGAUGACGUGGGCGGCCACCUACCGAACAAGAAGCGCAAGAAGGGCCAGGGCGGCGGAUCGGGGGCGGGAUACCCGGGCGGCAAUUCCGGACGAGAGCAGGCGCCGCCGCAGCGGCCGCAGAAGAGGCAGAAGGCGCCGGCGGCACCGCGCCAGAACACGGCCAUCUACGUCACGGGGCUGCCGCUGGACGUGACGGUGGACGAAGUGCACGAGGUGUUCUCGCGCAAGUGCGGCGUCAUCGCGGAGGAGAUCGACAGCGGGCGGCCGCGCAUCAAGCUGUACACGGACGACAAGGGCAGCUUCAAGGGCGACGCGCUGGUAGUCUUCUUCAAGCCGCAGAGCGUCGAGAUGGCCAUCAUGCUGCUCGACGACACCGACUUCCGCUUCUCGCCCUCGGGGCUCGCCAGCGGCCGCAUGCGCGUCCAGGCCGCCGACGCGAGCUACAAGAAGACCAACUACGAGCGCGAGGGCGCCAACCACCACGACGAGGAAGGCGGCGGCGGCGGCGGCAGCAACGAAAACGGGAACGGCCACAACCCCAUCACGAAGCCGCGGGACCGCGCCCGUGAGCAGGACAAGCAGAAGAUCAUCAAGCGGACGCAGAAGCUGGACGCGAAGCUGGCGGACUGGGACGACGACGACCCGUACGGCGCAGCAGGCGAGGCGGCGGCGGCGGCGGCGGCCGGGGGGGCACAGCGGGGGCAGGACCGGGUGGUGAUCCUGCGGCACAUGUUCACGCUGCAGGAGCUGGAGGAGGACCCGGCGGCGAUGCUGGAGAUCAAGGAGGACAUCCGGGACGAGUGCGCGAAGCUGGGGGCGGUGACGAACGUGGUGCUGUUCGACCUCGAGCCCGAGGGCGUGGCGAGCGUGCGGUUCCGCGAGCCGGCGGCGGCGGCGGCCUGCGUCGCCCGCAUGGACGGCCGCGCCUUCGACGGCCGCACCGUCCGCGCCGCCGUGGCCACCGGCCGCGAGCGCUUCCGCAAGUCGGGCCCCGGCGGCGCCGGCAAGCCGCAGCUGGGGGAGGAGGACGACGACGACGACGAAGACAGCGGCGGCGACGGCCGAGACGCGAAGCCCCGCGGCGACAGCGAGGGCUGA